GUUUACCUUUACGACAGUUGGCAGCGUUCCCAGUGAAUGAACAGGUAAUAUAAACCGUGUGUGCAAAUGCAGAUUUCAAUAGAAAGGAAAUAAUUUGUCGCAGAAGAUGGCUAUUCCUAGUUUUGCAAAAGCGGUCUCUAAUUGUUUGUCUCAUGUUCUUGAGAAUGUCGGUGUAAAUGAAGAGACAGUGGCAAAACGACGAGAGCUGUACCACCAAUCUGAAGUUAUAAAAGAGAUAGGGCAUAAUCUGAUGGCAAAGUAUUGCAACAUUCCAUCCUUUAAGAAUUACAAGAUAUGUCAUUUUGGAAGUAGAAUUGAAGGUUCAACAACAUUUGGUAUGAAUUCUGACAUCGAUUUGGUCUACUUGUGCCCUUUUCUGUAUUCGAUCGUACAGUCGAAUGUAAGGAAUACGCAAGGUUUGUGUAAGGUUAUGAUAGAAAAAUCAGCACCAAGUGGAUAUUGCAAACUUAAAGCAUAUGCAGUACCUGAACCUUAUUUUGUUGAUCAUAGGGGCGAUCGUUUUAUUCCGAACGCUCACAUAGAUGAAUACUUUCAAUGCACUAUGGAUAUGAGUGGAAUAUCACCAAUGAUAAAGAAUGGGCCUUCAUCAAGUGCAGGAAACACUGAUCAUAUCAAAGCAAUUCUAGUACCUAGCAAUCUGUUGAUGUCAAGUGAAAUCAUAAAACGGUUUCAUUCCUAUUCAUGGCCUAGCCAAAACAACACUUAUGACAAAGUAAAAGAGUAA